AUGGAGAACAGCAGGAAGUUGGGGAAAGCCCGAAAAGGGCAGCGUGACAGGCUAAGCCGUCUUCCAGGACCAAUUAUUCAUCACAUCCUUUCUUUCCUCGACACCAAGUUCGCCGUUCAAACCUCUGUGUUGUCCAGAGCAUGGCGAUGUGCUUGGAAACAUGUCCCUGUCCUCAAUCUAGACAAGACUUCCUUCGAGCAGUAUUCGAGUUUCAUUAGAUUUGUGGACAACGUUUUGUCCCUCCGCUAUCCCCUCAGACUCCGUGAGGUCAGCUUCAUUGACAGUGGGACUUGGGUUGUGGUCAGCUUCAUGAACAAUGGGAUUAUGGAUGAACAGGGUGAACGGGAAGAGCAUCGACUGUAUGCGAGGGUCAUCGGAUAUGCACUCUUGCAUGAUGCUCAACAUAUUGCGAUUGAUCUUGAUAGUGGAGAGGAGCCCGAGUGCAGUCCUGAUUUCUUUCAUUUGUUUGGCUCAGUCACGAAAAGCAAUAUCGAAACUCUACAAUUAAGAGCGGUUAGCUUCCGCAAUUCUCAAUACUCUGGUUUUGGAUCCGUGACUACUCUGGAUUUGUACUACUGCUGGGUGACCGAUCUGGAUGUCUUUUCUGAUUCUAACUUCCCUUGUCUGGAGAAUUUGGUCAUGGAGGAGUGUAGAUGCUACAAGUAUACUCGUACGGAAACCAUAUCUGGGCUAAAUUUGGUUAGCCUGAAACUCUUUCCCGUGCCAUCUCAGCGACUUGAAAUACGUGCUCCAAAACUCAACUUCUUGAGCCUUGCUUUCAGACUUGAAGUGAAGCUGUUAAAGUCAAGCCUCCCUUCUCUUGAGCAUGCUGAAAUUCGACUUGGUAUUUUCUUUAGGUUUGAUCCCGACGACAUUGAGAAGCUACAGUUUCUCUCUUUGUUCCAAGAUUUGCAUAAUGUAGAAUCUCUCACGCUGCAUCACUUGACCAUCGAGAGGUUUUUUUAUGCGCAGGCACUGAGUCAGAUUUCUGAGAUUUUAGAAGAACAACCCUCUCCCUUCACAAGAUUGAAGUGCUUGAAGUUGCAGUCGAACAACGUACCUUAUAAUGUGGUCGAUUACUUUCUCAAAGGAUCUCCCAACACAGAACCCCAUAUCGAGUUUCUUGGCAAAGUAGUAAACCGCCGCUUUCCAUAUGAGUAUGACUUCUGA